AUGAGUGAGACCAACCCGCCGCCAGUUAGAGUCAAAGGGCCCAAGAUUAAGCUUGAGAAUGGCGAUGAAAUAAUCUACAUCGAUCACAUAAAACGUGAAGAUUUAUGUGCGAGUGAGGAUAAAAGAUUGCGGCUUCCACCUUGUCCACAGCCCCCUGAGGGUUUUGAAAUGAUUGACAGUGCUUAUGCCAAAAAAUAUUUUCGAAUGAUUUUUUGGAGUGAUAGAAAUUUUAAAUCAUAUAUUAGAGGCUUCAUGGAGAAUUCAAAAGGGGCCACUCCAUUGUCUGCCCAACAAACUGAUCUCCUUUUCAAUCCUAAAUAUCACGGGUCAUAUGUAAUAAUGAGAAGUUAUGGAACUUUCUUGAAAUGUACAUUGAUUACUGCAAGAUACUCUCAGAACAGUGAGAAAUCGUCGAAGACAAUCGCUAUAAUGGUUCAUAAAGAGCAAGACGAAGAAAGCUAUUCGGUUCUCGGCAAACUUGUUGCCGCAAAGUAUGCUAACAUUGCCCCACUACUUGGUAACCCCAAGGUUUUUCUGGAUAUUAUAUAUCGUAUUAACUCCCCAGUCAGAAUACUUAUUCAAAAGACGGAUUUCUUUAGAGGCUGUAACUCCAUUCCCGUUACGAACGAUGUCUACGAUCAAAUCGUCAGUGACAUUCCAGAAGACGGCAUAGACCUAACGACUCUCAGAACUGGACCCUUGUCGGGUUGA